GAUCAUACAUCACUUGCCUGUUACCGUGGCCUGACCUCCGUCCCCCUUUUCCGCCGCGACUGCUGUCAGUGCUGGUCGCCCUGCUGUUGCCCCCGCUUCGGUUCUGGCUCCGGCUGCGGCCACGCCUAGACGAAGGCGUCUUUCUCCUACGACGGUCUCCGCUCCGGCUGCGCCCACGCCUAGACGAAGGAUUGGUGCGCUGUUGACGUUCUGCGCUCCGACUCCUGCUCCGGCGAUGGCGACUCGUCGGCGACGACCUGGUAGGCUGGUUCCCCACGGCUUGCCCUCGCCUGUUAUCUCCGACGCCGCGCCCUCGCGAAGACUGGGUGGAGCGGCGGUGGUCGUCCGUCCCACUCUUGGCCGUCGAAUCCCGGUCGCCCCAACGGUUCUUCCAGCUCUUGGACACCGGAGCCGCCGACCAACGGUACUCUUUAUCCCCUCCAGAACCACGUGCAGGGCGUGAAGAGGCCUGCCGGGGGGCUUGCAGAUCGUGCUUGAAGUCGUUGUUCGAGGCAGCACGUGCAAGAGACAGCUGAACUGGAGUCCUCCCUCCUGGGUCACCACCGCCGUUCCUUGAGGACCUUCAUGAAAGGUGGCACGACGGAGGGCGAACAAAAGCUGGAACACGGACUGCCGCGAAGAAGGCGGAGGGUUCGCGAUGUACGGGGUGUGAAAGAUGUGCCCGAAAGCAACGGUGUGCGAUGGAGGGAAUUGUGCACGGACAACUUGUUUGAUGCCAGCCCAUGCAAAUGAGCUGCCAAUUUGUCCUCAUCGUGGAACGUGACACCUUUUUGCAGGCAUCUCCAGCGGGCGGGACAGGAACGCUGUAUCUCCAACGUGGAACUCGUACACCGUGGUUGCCGCCGCAAACGAUGCUCCGACUUCAGCACCGGCCGGAAGACCCAAAGUCACCGAAAGCUCCGGAGUCGCUGUCCUCUCCCGCUCCUUCUCGUUCGUCGGAGAAGCCGCCACCUCCCGCUCCUUCUCGUGCGGCGAGGCGGUAAGAUGGGAACCAAGGUGCACCUGGGAUUGCGUGGGG